CUGGUUACAGUUGGCUCCCUUGUUCCUAUGUCACUUCCUGGUACCUACCUCAUGUCAUUGGAUGUCACGGCAGUUUCCAUGUGACGUUACGGUCAAUACUACCAAUACCACGGAUGACAUCAUCUUUAAUUGUGAGGAGCGUCGACUGAAAAAGGUACCUGUUGGCAUCACCAGGAAUGUGACCGUGCUGGACCUAUCAGAAAACAACAUCAGAAAUGUAUCUCUUGAUGCAUUUUCUAAUCUGGAGAACCUGACCCUUCUCAAUCUCAACUCUGUCAACAAAAAAGGUGACACACACAUCGCUGAAGGUGCCUUCAAAAAUCUGACAAACCUGCAGGACCUAAGGCUUAAUGGCAAUGGCCUCGUCAAAAUUCCUCAAAAUCUCCCACUCAUUCUGGAUAAACUCAUGCUGGACAAUAACAAGAUCAAUUUCUCGAAUAUGAGCAACCUUGUCGGUAUACAACAUGUGAAGGAGCUGUACUUAUCCAAAAAUUGCUAUUACUGGAAUCCCUGUGAGACUGACUUUACUAUUGGAAAUGGCACCUUCUCAGUAUUGACUAACUUGAAGGUUUUGAUGUUGGCCUAUAAUAAUUUAACUCAUGUUCCAAAAGGACUGCCAAGCUCUAUACAAGAAUUACACCUCGAUUCGAACAAGAUACAGCAAAUUGCUGAGGAUGAUUUCCUUGGACUAACCCAUCUAACAAUCCUGGAAUUACAGGGAAACUGUCCACGAUGCUCCAAUGCUCCAUAUCCUUGUGUUCCCUGUCCUAAUGAUUCUCUGGAUAUUCAUCCUCAUGCAUUUCAUGGUCUUACACAGUUACAGACACUGCACCUAGCAGGCAACUCACUUCGUUUCAUCAAUAACUCCUGGUUUGAGAGCUUGAACAAUCUUACACAUCUGUUCCUGUCUUAUAAUUACUUAACAAAUACUAUCACCAAUGGAACCUUUUUUAGCUAUCUACCAAAGCUAGAAAAGAUUGAUUUGUCAUUUAAUUAUGAUUUGCUUGCCUACCCUGAAACCCUACAGCUUUCAAAAAACUUUUCACAAUUGGUGUCUCUUACAACAUUACAUAUAAUGGGUUUUGUUUUCAGGGAAAUUCAUUUAGAAACACUCAGACCGCUUUAUGAACUCAAGCAUCUUUCAGUGUUGAACAUCGGAACUAACUUUAUUGUUCGAUCUGAUUCCCACAUAUUCAACAAAUUCUCAAACUCAAGUCUCAAAGUCAUAUAUCUUGCGGAAAACAGGCUAUAUCCAAUUUCAGUGAAUGAGUCCCCAGGUUGUGGCACAGGCAGCAACUUAAAGUCGGUGUUGUACACGUCGCCACUGACUGGAUAUUAUUCCAAUUCAAGGGACUUUUCUUAUGGAAUAAAUCACAACCUUGUGAAGCCAGAAUGCUUUAUCUCUGGUCGAGUGCUGGUCCUUAGUUCAAAUAAUCUAUUUUUCAUUUCUCCAAAGCAAUUUGAGGGCUAUGGUGACAUUGCAUGUCUAAACUUAUCAAGAAAUGGAUUUUCAGCAGCAUUGAACGGGACAGAGUUCACCUCAUUACCAGACCUAAAAUAUCUCGACCUGUCCUUUAACAAGAUUGACCUGGCCUAUGACAACGCCUUCAAGGAAUUAAAGAAACUCGAAAUAUUAGACCUAAGCUACAACAGCCACUAUUUUGAAGUGUCUGGUGUGACACAUAAUUUACAUUUUUUGAAAAAUCUACCGACUUUGAAAGUAUUGAAUAUGUCACACAAUAACAUUUUUACAUUAACCACUAAGCAGAUGACAAGCACAUCUUUAAAAGAACUUCAAUUUCAACACAAUUUGUUGGCUACAUUAUGGAAAGAGGGGGAUGACUCAUACAACAGCCUUUUUAAAAAGCUGACGAAUUUGACCUAUCUGGAUAUUUCAUUUAACAGCAUUGAGAAGAUCCCAUCAAAAGUCUAUGAAAACAUACCAUAUACCCUUCAAAAACUAUGUAUUAGUCAUAAUUCACUCGGCCAUUUUGAUUGGGAUAAACUGGCAGGUUUUCAACAACUGAAUUUCCUGGAUCUAAGCUACAAUUCUUUAUUUCAUGUGUCAGCAAAUCUCUCAAACUUCACAGACACACUUCAGAUUCUUGACUUAAGCCACAAUCAGAUUUUUCAUCUCUCUCUGGGAUUUCUUAGGGGUGCUCAAAGCCUUCAGAUACUUGACCUCAGCUACAACCAACUGACUAUCAUCAACGAGACCACCUUCCUAUCGGGCCCUGAAAACUACAUGAAAACCUUGUCCUUGCAAGGUAAUCCAUUCCAGUGUACCUGUGAUUUACUAGAGUUCAUCCUGUGGAUAGAAGAGAACAAAAACGUGGAGAUCCCCAAACUGGCCAGUGAGGUGACCUGCAACAUGCCAGCCAAAAUGAGAGGCCAACCAAUGAUACUGUUUGACAUUAAAGAAUGCAUCAAGGACAACAUAGCCUUCCUGAUUUACUCCCUCUCUACUUCCUUGAUCAUGUUCACUGUGGUCAUCACUAUGGCAGCCCAUGUGUUUUAUUGGGAUGCCUCCUAUAUUCUAUACUAUCUGAGGGCAAAGCUGAAGGGCUACCAUUCGUUGAGGUCAACAACAACAGACAAUCUCUAUGAUGCCUUUGUUACCUACGACACCAGAGACCCGUUGGUGUCAGACUGGGUACUGAACCAACUGCGGGUGCAGCUGGAAGAGAGGGGGGAGAGACACCUGCCUCUCUGUCUGGAGGAACGAGACUGGGCCCCCGGGGUCCCCCUGAUAGACAACCUCUUCCAGAGCAUUCGACAGAGCCGCAAGACUGUCUUUGUGCUGACCAAGGCUUACAUCAGGACUGGGAACUUCAGGAUGGCUGUGUACCUGGCCCACCAGAGGUUGCUGGAUGAGAACAUAGAUGUGAUUGUGUUGGUUCUCCUGGAACCCGUGCUGCAGCACUCUCACUUCCUCCUUCUGCGGCGGCGUCUGUGUGGGAGGAGUGUUCUAGAGUGGCCCCAGACUGCAGCCGCUGAGACCUGGUUCUGGCAGCACCUAAGGAACGCUGUCAGGUUAGACAACCAGGUGAUGUACAACACGAUCUACUCCAGGUACUUCACCAGCAAGUAG